AUGGGCCACUUAUACACACCGCUCGUCCUACUCUGGGCCAUGUAUGGACUCAUCGCCGCUAGGAGUGCUCGAAUGGUAGUGAUCGAUACCGACCUCUUCUCGGAUGUGGAUGAUGUUGGCUCUCUCGCCAUAGCCAAUGUGUUACACGGCUGCAACGUUGUUAACGUCACAGGCAUCGCCAUUAAUACACACUCAAAAUAUGGUGCUUUAGCCGCUAGCGUUAUAAACACGCAUUUCGGAAACCUCGAUAUACCUGUGGCCGCCAUCCGCCCGCUGUCGAACCACACUUUUUUCGAUAUAUACGCUUUCCGUAGCCACGGCGAAUAUGCAGCGAAGCUAGCCCAUAACUGGCCUCGGUCUAUAAACGACUCGUCCAUGACACCAACGCCAGUCUCCCUCUACCGUAGGGUGCUCUCGUCAGCCGAGGAUAACAGCGUGACGAUAAUAUCUCUCGGAUUCCUCACCAACCUAGCCACGCUGAUGGACAGCCACGCGGACGCGAUAUCUCCCCUUAUGGGCCGGUUCGAACUCGGCAAGGAUGUCAUCUCUGGCGCUGGCCUUGCCUCCCUCGCCCCGUCGUCCUCACCGAUACGUGCAGCGUACGAAUGGUACGUCGGUCGCUGCAGCACACUGAGGGAAUCCUGGGAUCCUAUUACUACCCUGUACGGCAUCCUCGGCCUCGAGCCCCAUCCUGAACUUGGCAUUGGAAAAACUUUUGAGUAUGCGAACGACUUUGGGUAUAACUGGGUGUCGCCAGAUGGCUCAAAUGCAUGGGUAAACGACUCUAGGGUUACAAAUCAACACUGGCUGAAGCUGACGGACCUAACUACGAACACCAGCCUGGCUAUCGCGUCACCCGGCUAG